GGUAGAUAUAAACAGAGAGAGAGAGAGAGAAAGGAAGAAGAGAGAGAGAAAGAAAAUGAUGAUUAACAAAGGAGGAGUAAAGAGAAGGAAGUAAAGAAGGAAGUUUUAAACAGACAAACGCAGGGAAAUUGAAAGAAGAGAGAGGCAGGGAAAAAGAAAGGAAAAGGAAAGUAAUAGUAUGAAAAUAAACAUUCCAUGGUGAUCGAAAGAAGUAAGAAAGAAUAACAAUAAAGAAGAAGAGGAGGAAAACAGAAAAUUAGGGAAGUGGAAAGGAGAGGAAAGGAAAAAAAAAAUGAAAUGUGACAAAAUGAAAAACGGAAAAGAAAAUGGAGGAAUCUGAGGAGUGUGGAUGGGAAGGAAAUGAACAAAGUCAACAACAACAACAACAACAACAGCUGAUGUGUUUUCGGAUUGGCUUCAUAUUGUAUCUUCUCAGGCGGAAGAAAUAUCACCACCACCACCACCACCACCACCACCACCACCACCACCACCACCACUACAAGACUACCACUGCUGCUGGUGAUAAAAUGACAGUCACCUACACCACCAAGGUUUCCAACACUAGUUUCUGCGGAUUUUCCAAGCUUCUAUUCAGAUGGCGCGGCAGUGUGUUCAAGCUGCUCGCCGCUGACCUCAUUGUUUACUUCCUGCUUUAUUUCUCCGUGGCCGCCAUCUACAGAUUCGCCUUGCGGGAGAACGAGAAGAGAGUGUUUGAGAAGAUCGCCAUAACGUGUGAAUACUUCCGCAACGUGUUCCCUAUCUCUUUCGUGCUGGGUUUCUACGUGACAAUCGUGGUGCAGCGGUGGUGGGAGCAGUACAUGCUGAUCCCCUGGCCCGACACCGUGUGCAUCAUGGCCUCCACUUACAUAGAGGGCCAGGAGCUUCUAAGGAUGGCUUAAGACAGAGUUCUAUGUCACAACAAGGCAAGAAAGGCGCUUUCAGGAUCGCCACGACCCCUUGGCAUUGAGUGAUAAUGAGCUCAUGAUCAAAUAUCGCUUCCCGCGGCAGACCUACUAAACCUCUUGUUUGAGGAGAUGCAGCCUCAGCUGGAGAGAAGGACAAGGCAUAGCCAGGCAUUACCAACUCACACCCAGGUUCUGCUGGCCCAGAGACUGUUUGCCAGUGGGCCCUUCCAAAACGUCAUUGGAGACACUGCUGGACCUAUGCAAGCAAGUGUCAGCAGGGUCUUCAAGUGUGUGUGUGCACCGUGUUGAGUGAUAAGUCAGUGCAGGAAAUCAAGAUGCCUCCAACACACCUUGAUCAAAGGAGAACUGCACACCAGUUCUUCAGGAUUAAAAAUUUCCUAACGGUUAUUGGGGCCAUUGAUGCCACAUUACCAUGAAGGAGCAAAGUGUGGAUGAGGCCCUCUACUUGAACUGGAAAAGGUAUCACUCCCUCUGAACAUCCAACUUGUUUGUGAUGCAAGUGAAGUGAUCCUCAGCUACUGCUCCAGAUUGCCAGGUGCCUGCACUCUUGUGGAGGUGGCUUGCAGUACAGACCCAUCAAGUGUGUCAAAAUAAUUAAUACUUGCCUGCUCCUACACAACUGCUGCAUCAAGUUCCUGAUGACAUAUCUACCACCUCUUGAGGAUGAAACAGUGCCCCAUGCUGAUACCAACCCUGCUGUGCUGUCGAGGGAUCAGUGUGCUUCAGGCAGAAUUGUGUAGCAAGAAAUCAUACAAAACUUCUUCCAGCACUGAAGUAAGGAAGUGAGAUUGUCAAAGUGCCUGGGACAUGUUUUGUACAGCCAGCUGCACCAUCACCAGCUCGUCCAUACUCCGACUAAUCUGCUGUUGGGUUUCCUGUGCUUGAGAGAGAACUUCCAAGUCAGAGUGGCCAUCUGAAAUACAGUUUAGAAGCAAACAUGACUACACCUCAAGUUACAAAGUAUGUUGGUGAUUCUCCGUUCAUCCUCCUCUUCCAGCUAGAUGUGGGCGGCAGGCGAGACGUGACCACCUGUACAAUAUACCUGGGAUCAUUAUUAUUAUUAUUAUUAUUAUUAUUAUUAUUAUUAUUAUUAUUAUUGCGACUUCAUGUGUGUUCUCUUCUAAGCAUUCACGUAAACACACACACACACACACACACACACACACACACGGAAACAAAACUGGGACUCGUAAGAAAUUUUACACUGAAGGAAGGGAAAAAAAAUUUAGUUGAAUAUAUUUUUUUUUCUUUUUUUUUUACCCUGAAGUGUUUCCUGCAGAAUUUAUAAGCCUAAUUUAGAUUUUAUUGGAUGUCGUUAGCCCCAUCGGACGAGUGUGUGUGUGUGUGUGUGUGUGUGUGUGUGUGUGUGUGUGUGUGUGUGUGUGUGUGUGUGUGUGUGUGUGUGUGGAGCGUUUAAAUACAGGGUGGGGCAAAUCAAAUGCCCGAGUUUUGAUAGGCUAUUAUGAAAAGUAAAACAAUAAUUACAGAAUAAUUUGUUGUUUUAUUCAAAUCAGUAUACAAUGCCGUUUGUGUGAUCACUUUUUGAAGAUGGCAUCAGGAAGAUGGUGGCCUUCUGUAGCGAUGCAUUGUUGAAGGCGAUGUCUGAAGUUUUCAGCUGCUCUUCGGCACAACUCAAGGGGUAUUACAGCGAUUUCCUCCCGAAUUCGCAUCUUCAAUUCUUCCAAAUUGUGUGGCCGACCUGUGAACACUUUCUCCUUGAGAUAUCCCCACAGGAAAAGUCCCAAAUGCUCAAAUCAGGUGAGCGUGGGGGCCACUCGACAUCACCCCUUCGAGAGACUGGGCGUGCCGGGAACAUCUGUCGCAAUUUGACCAUUGCAACUUGAGCAGUGUGGGCUGUUGCUCCAUCUUGUUGGAACCAGAUGUCUCACAGUUUUGUUUCCUCACUUAAUUCUUCCAAUUUCGGUUCAAAAAAGUCUUCCAACAUCGCAAGAUAACGUUGAGAGUUGACAGUGACAGAUCUUCCAUCUUCUUCAAAGAAAUAAGGUCCAAUUACCCCAAAUUUGGAAACUGCACACCAAACAGUAACUUUAGGGGAAUGGAGCGGUCUCUGGUGAAGUUCUCUUGGGUUGUUUUCAGCCCAAUAACGACAAUUUUGUUUAUUCACGCUUCCAGAAAGGUGGAAGUGGGCCUCGUCACUGCUGAAAAAAGUUGACGGUUCAGGGAUACGGUUCAACAUUUCCUGGCAGCAAUUCCUGCGAUUUUCAAAGUCAGUAGGCUUCAAUUCUUGAACAAUCAUUAUUUUGUAUGGAUGGAACGAUAAAUCGUAACACAAUAUCCGCCUUAAAGAUCGGUUAGACAUGGCCAAUGCAAGUGAAUGCUUCCGGGCAGAGCGUCUUGGUGAUUGUUCGACAGCUGCUUUAACUAAGGCCACAUUUUCCGGUGUUCUUACCGUUUUUGGUCUUCCACUACCCCUAGGUCUUCUUGUGGAACCAUUAUCUUCCAGUGCUUCAAUCCAACGCCUGAUUGCCUUGCCAUCAGGGAUGGGACCAUGACGUGGAAUGUUGAAGUGCAGGCGGAAGGCACGCUGGGUGGCGAUGACAGAACGGCCAUUUUAGAAAUACGUGCGCUCUGCAAAGCCACGAUGUUCACCCGACCAAGGCAUGGCUGAU